AAUAUUACAGUCAACGUCUAGGCUCGCUUCGGACUGCUUGCACGACGGUACGCGCAACAGUUGUAUCGGGACGAGGCAGAAGGCACGAACAAAGUUGCGCUAUCGCGCGCCGAUCCAUUGUCCAGGCAAUAACAAUUGGAAAGUGCGUAGUUCCGUUCGAGUCAAUUGAUUCGCUCUUAUCGGCUUAGCUUUCAAUUAGAGAAGCCGCGUGGCUUCGAAUGCCGCCCGACACGUUCCGCGUUGCCAUGGAAAUCCGCGAGAACGACUGAGGGAUAUUCCGGUAAACAACACGAUGCCGCGACGCUCCAGAACGAAGGAGAAAAGACUCUCGGUGGGGAUUAACAUUAGCCUUCUACUGAUAAUAACGAUAUUCGGCAUAUUUCUCGCCCUGCCGUUCCGAAUGCUGUUCGACGCGAAUUAUUCCGAGCAGAGCCGAGACAGGAGCAACGCUACCGCUGCCGGCGCGGCGAAGGAAAGGGUGCUUGCGAUACCGAUGGAUCAUCGAAGAUUAAAGCGCUGUCCGAAUCUGCAAUACGAGGAUCACUUGAUGUCCGUCUUUCUUAGCGAUUACGAUGAAAAUUGCACGUACGAGCGGGACGACGAUGACGAUGAUGACGAGGAUGACGACGAUGAUGACAGCGGCUCUGAAGAGGAGGAAGACAACGGGGAGGAUGAGGUGGAGACCGGUGGGUGCAAGAGGAGCAUUGACGAAGAAAUGAAAGAAAACGCUGAAGAGAUCUUGAAAACGCGCCAGAUGAAGUCCGUCACGGUGGCAGGCCACAUACUCGUGACGAUGCUGCUCGUAUCAGUAGUAGCUGCUCUCGUUGAAGUACUGCGAAUACGCUUCGCCCGAGAUAAAGAUUCGUCUAGGGCAAGCACGAUUAUUUCACGGAGAUGCUCCUCCAGCGUGGACAUACCCGGCACAAGACGUCCCAUUUCAAGAGAAUUAAUUAGGAGCCAGCAGUCCUUUGAGAUACCAGGAAUGCAACGUUCCGCAUUGCGUCUAUUAGGAGCGCGGCCGCCCCCGCUUAUCCGCCGCUCCUCAUUCCCAACGCCACAAGCGAAGCAAACCGCUACUUCGUCUGUUUGCGGUACGCCGAACACCCGGCUAACGCGGCGUCCUUCGAUUGAAUCGGACGAAGAUAUCGUCAAUGCUCUUCAUCAUCGCACCCGUCUAAUCCGACGCCACUAAGACGGCACGAGAUAAUAUCUUAGCUCAUCGAAUUCCUCGCAUCUCUAUCGAUGACAACAUUGAGACAAAACGCGUCUUCGACAAUAUGGUCAUAUGCAACAUACAACGAUGACGUUCAAUGACCUUUUUUUAUGCUCGUGCAACGUCGAAAAGUCCCUCGCUAAGGAAUAGAUCCACAAUUGUAUCUUCCAAAAUAUCCUUUACGGCGGCUUCAAUAGUGCUCCACGACGCUUUUCUACUAUGCUAUCGAUUAAGUUCUGCUUUCUAGUAAAGCAAUAUACUUUUUGGAAUGUUUGAAAAAAUAAUUAAUAUAUAGAAUCAAAUUUCCGGAUCCAAAGUUGUUACGAACAACGGUGGAAAACUUGUAUGUUUAAUAAAUCUCUAUUUUCUUCGUAUUAAUCACAGAUGCUUUACGAGCACAUAAUCAAAUGGAAAAUAACUGCAAAUAGUCUAACGUCUAACUUAAUUCGUAAUGAUUUGUAAUAAAUCAUUAUCAGUCUUAUUAUCACAAUAGCAUUUUGCAAGUAUCAUGCUUCUAACGGAUGUACACCUAAAAAUGUAUAUGUCAAAAGCAAGAUUAUAUUCCUAAAUUUGCUCAUAAUUAAAUCCACGUUCACGAAAUUCUUGUCUGAGAUUAAGGUAAGGAAGAAUUAUUUUUUUAGAAACCUUAUUUUGCGAUAUACAUUUUUCUGGAGGCAUUCUGUACGUUAAGUAAAAGUUAAGAUAUGCAUUCUCAAAUUGACAGUACAACGAUUGAUAAUAUACUUAUUUGUAUAACUUUUACCAUAUUUUUUUAACCUCUGAUUUUUCUAUUACAAAACUAUCGAUAUAAUACAAAAAACUCGAGAAAAGUUAGGCAGAUUAUUUCGUUUCUGUGAAAAUUAUAAACAAUGAACUACGUCAGAAAGAUAAAUAUAUUGGAUUGUAAUUUCUUUGUAAGAUUGUAAAUAGUUUCAAGAAAAUUAUUCCGAUGUAUUUUCAUAAUCAGAAGAUAUAAUUGUGUCUCUGUAUCAACGAGCCCUCAACAAGCUUACUCCUGUGAUCAUCGUUUUUCUUCCAGACAUGUGAUAUAUAUGUACAAAAAAUAUAUUAUUUAAAAUAUACAUAUAUAUGUACGUGUAUUAUACUAUGUCACUUAUACACAGAAACUGAUCGUACAAAACUAUGUUUUCAACUGUGAUAUGCUUUCUCAUAUUUAUGUCAUCGCACACAAAAAAAAAACAGAAAUAUAUUCGUGCAAGAAAAUGAA